GCCUGUCUGGGCACUGUGAGGCGCCCCGUGGUGCCCAAGUGGGGUUCAGAAGGCUGGCGGGCACGCUGGAGAGCAGGGCGUGAGCACUCCGUUCGUGUCAUUCAGCUGUCUGUAUCGGCAGAACCAAGCUGCAUGCAAGACAGCGUUGGAGUAACAAACACUCCAGAGGCUCUUUCAUUUCCUUUUUAAAGGGGGAUUCUUUUGGUAACGUAGCGUUCCGGCUCUCUGUGAGCGGCUCUAUCGUGGUGGAGCUUAGGGCCUGGCCUGGCAAGCAUCUGCCCUGUCUGCCUUUUCCCCUGUUAUUUGUCCUGAGUGUCACCGGCACCGCUCUGGAAGGCCUCGGCCUGCCUCGGGCCUGUGCGCCUGCCUCGGGCACAGCAGAGUUGAACCAGCACAGUGCUCAGUCCUGUGCUGUGGAGCCUUUAGUCUUUGCAUACCUCAUCCUAAACCCUGGGUCAGCUGCACAGCUGCAGUGUCUCACCACCAGCCGUUGAAGCUUGGCUUAGUUAUUUCUUCCUGGCUUAGGAGAAGACUGAUGUGGAGGGAACGCUCUUUGUUUACACAAGAUCGGCUUCUCCAAGGCAUGGCUUCACAAUCAUGAACAGGCUGAGCAUGGAAAAUCGAACAGAACCUAUUACUAAGGACCUUGAUUUCCAACUGCAGGACCCUUUUCUACUGUACAGAAAUGCCAGAUUGUCCAUCUAUGGGAUUUGGUUUUAUGAUAAGGAAGAAUGCCAAAGAAUUGCAGAGCUGAUGAAAAACCUAACUCAACAGGAGCAGUUCAAAGCCCAGCAGGGCACAGGAACUGGAGUGUCCCCCAUGAUUGUGAACUCUGCUAAUAACAAAGAAGUGGAUAUCUUGCGGAUGCUUACCAAGGCCAAAGAUGAAUAUACCAAGUGUAAGACCUGCUCAGAGCCAAAACAAAUAACCAGCUCUUCUGCCAUCUAUAACAACCCCAACCUAAUCAAACCAAUCCCAGUCAAGCCUAGUGAGAGUCAGCACCAACGAAUACCUCAGCAAAGCAAGAAUGUGGAUCCUGAACCGCAGCACUUGUCUUUGACAGCACUGUUUGGAAAGCAAGAGAAGCCAGGGGUCUCAGGACAGCUAAAGAAGCAGCAUCAAGAUAAUCUCCCUGUCAGGCAGGGUGUGGUACGCUCCCUGUCCUACGAGGAGCCCAGCAGGCAUUCGCCCUCGGCAGAGAAGCAGCUCUGCCCUGCCAUUCAGAAGCUCAUGGUGCGUGGCACAGAGCUGCACCCCCUGGCUGAGCUUCCUGAGAACCGACUCUGUGCAAACGGCAACAUCCACCCUGUGGGGGAGACUUUCACAGGACUCUUCCAGCCUGUGGCUUCUCAUGGCAUUGCAUCAUCUCACCCAGUUCAGGACGCUGCUGGCCCUCAGAACUUGCUACAGCAACUGCAAAGUCACUCUGGGUCAGUGGCCAAAAUGGAGCCUGGUGCAACAGGGUCUGUGAACUCCACACCUGCUGUGUUCAGCAGUUCCCCUGCUGCCCCUGGAGCGCCAGCAGCACCAGUAAAUAACCUGAGCCAGCCACCUUUGGUCUAUUUCAAUGGCUCCCUACCAGGCCAGACUUUAGAGUCUCAGACACUCGGUAAAGAGCAAUCCAAACUUCGUAGACAGCCACUUUCUCUCUCUGGCAAUCAAGCAGCCACUUCUGGAGUGAUUUCACCUCAAGAGUUACUGAAGAAACUCCAGAUAGUGCAACAAGAGCAGCAGUUGCCUGUGUCCAGCAGACCCACCUUGGCAGCUAAGUUUCCUCUUGUCACUCAGAACAGCAGCACACUGAAGCCACUGGAGCCCUGGGUGGAAAAGGCACCGGGGACAGAAAAGCAGAGCCCUCUCUUUCAGGUAAUCUCACCUCAACGCAUUCCUGCCACUGUAACUCCCACCCUGUUGAUGUCCCCAAUGGUGUUCACUCAGUCCGCACCUGCUCCGCCAAAAGCAACUGACAGUGGACGCUUAGCAGCGGCAAACCAAGAAGCUGCUGUCAGCUCAGCUGGCCUGCUCCUGCCGCUGCAAACCCCAGAGCCAUCUGUGGUCAACAGCACCUCGGUGACAAAGAUGCAGCUGCAGGAAACCCUUCUUCAUCUGAUCCAGCACGAUGACAACUUCCUGAACAUCAUCUAUGAAGCGUAUCUCUUCAGUGCGAGAAAGGCGGCGAUGAAGAAGGCCAUGUGAAAGAUGAGCUUUGUCUUUCAUUUCUGUCGCUUCCUGAACCCCAGGGGAAAAAAAGGAUUCCAAUCUCUCCAAUAUGUUUACUUUGAAAGAAAUGAAUGCUCUUAGGUGUUUUCCAUACCUGUAGAUUGUGCUCGUUGGCAAGCAGACGCCGUACUGAGCAGCAAGCAAGCAGAUUGUGCCUUUAGGGAGCGAAGCGUCGCGAUGCUGAAGAUACCAUCACAAAACAGCGUCGAUUCUUUUUCUUACAUUGCUCCAUAUUUUCCCAGCUGGUUCUCGGAAUUCCCUUUCCUUUCCUGCUCGCAUUCGGCUGGGGAUCUGUGACGGAGCUUCUCCCCGCGCCGUCGGACGCAGCUGUGCCAGCUCUGACCACACGGUGGCGAUGUUGGACUGGCUGUAGGAGCAGGACGCUCCGGCUGCAGCCUCGCAAGGGUAAAAGCUCUGCGGGGAGACUGCUGCGUCCUGGGGCUUAGCUGCCUGCCAAGCACUCGAGGUGAAGCGCCACGAAUUUCCCCCCCCCCCCAACACACACACAGAGUUUUGUAGAGAAAUGGUUUUCUAUUUUAACCAGAGUAUUUUUAGCUAGCAGUAGAAAUGGGGCUCUGCAGGUGGAGGAAUGGAGGGGGGAAGGGAGGGCUGCUUUGUUCGUGUCCUUGCUAUCAGCACAGCUCUGGGGUGGCAUCGGUUUCACAGUUCUGUUGUUCCAGCUCCGAUCUGCAUUAUUAUAAGCGAUGUACAAGUUUGUAAAGGAGAAGGCUUAGCUAGUGUCAAAGUACUGUUGAUUCUGUCUUUGUUUAGUCUGUUCCUGGAGCACACUGAUCCCUUUCUGAAGAAAAUAAAAGGGCUCAGCCUUA